AUGACAAAUAAAUGCAAAUUAGCAUUAUUAAGACUAGAAGAAGAUUUUAAUGCAAUAUUUGGUGCAGAAACACGGAUUGCUGUAUCUGGAAGACAAUGGCAAGAUAAAAGCUAUGAAGCUGUUCAAAGAGUAGCCAUAUUACUCACUAAUUCCACCAUUAAAGCAUUCGAAUAUGUGAUAAAGAAUCUAAAUUGCAUUGAGAUAUUUUUCAAACAUUAUAGUAAUUUAAAAAAAUUGUUAAUUCCUUAUCUUGGAGAACAAACUGAAUCAAUUAUGAAAUCAUUACAGAAAUCUUCAUCAUUAUUCCAUUAUGUUACAAUAAUUGAUCAAUUACCUGAAAUAGAUGAAUUAACCGAAAUAACAAUAAAACAAUUGAAAAAAAUUGAAAAGAUAACCAGUGGAGUAGAAAAGGAAACCAUAAUUCUCGAUCGAGCAUUCAUUGCAUUUGAUCCUUCAUUAAAGCAAUAUACAAGUAUCUUAUUAGGAAAAGCCAUCUUAAAACAAGAUGUAGCUUUGAGUAGUUGUGAGCUAAUCAAACGUAGAGAAGUUUGUUUUCAAGCUGCAGAAAAUGUCGUUAGCAUACCAUUGACAGAGGAGCAACAAGCCAGCCCAAUAAAGGACUUUAGCGCAUAUAUAAUGUAUUCGGUUAUGUUCUUAAUUGUGUUAAUUGGUGUCAUUAUUUAUAGAUUAUUUAAGGUAUUAUUUGGAUAA